AUGCUUUCCUUCCAAGACGUUAUCCGUUUCACGCAGAACAAGUUGGUAUCAAUGCCUCCUGGGUAUCUGCCAAAAUGGUUAUUGUUCAUCUCUGUAGUGUCUGUGUUCAAUUCUUUGCAAACUUACAUUUCAGGCCUGGAACUAACACGUAGAGUGUAUGAGAACAAGCCCGCUGAGACCACUUCGUUGAGUGCAAGAACUUUUGGUACCUGGACGUUUGUAUCAUGUGUCAUUAGAUUCUAUGGGGCGAUGUAUUUGCAGGAAGAACACAUCUUUCAAUUAACCUUCAUUUCCUAUUUGAUUGCCAUCGCUCAUUUCGGUUCUGAAUUGUUGAUCUUCCGUACUUGCAAAUUGGGCAAAGGUUUCAUGGGUCCUUUAGUUGUAGCUUCCACUUCUUUGAUCUGGAUGUACAACCAGAAGGAAUACUACACUGGUUCCGGAUGGUAA